GUUUAUUAUUGACUUUGUCAGUUAUAGGCAUAACAUGAAAAUAAGAAUUUUAAUAUUGAUGCAUUCACCUAAAAUAUAUGAAAAGCACAUUAAAAAACAAAAUAAAUAAUAGCCCAUUUUCUACACACAUGCCAAAAUGAUUAAAAUGCAGAGCAGUAAUUUGACAAGGUUAAAAGUGAGCAUCUUAAUCCCAGAUUUAGAGAUAGGACUAAACCCUUUCCCAAAUUAAGCUCCUCAAAAUAAGAUUACUGAUUGCUAUGACAACAAGAGCAUAAACAACAGCCUUAAUAAGAUAUCUGUUCUAAUUAGGACUAUUCUAUUCUACAAGCAGCUAAAUAAAACCUUAGUGGCUGAAAUAAAGGGGAAAAUAAUUAAAAUCGCCCCUUGUGCUGUAAUUGACAAUAUUGUUCCGGUCUGGAGAUGUCAUCUAGGAACUAGCAAAUUGCCUAAAACAAAAAAAGUAUCCCUGGUGACCAUCAACCCUGCAGGGUGUUAAUUGAAAAACGCAAACAAAUGGAGAGCCAUGGUAAUGAUGAGGGUUAAAAUAAAGGGGUUUAUUACCUCAGACUCAAAAAGCAGGAGGCACGAGAUGGAGUAAAAGCUACAACUUUAUCAAAAUAGAAUGUUAAAAGAUAUGGAAUUAGCCGUUAUUUGACUGGAAAUGAGAAGCAAUUUCACCGUUGUUUGGGGACAAGUGAACAACACAUGGCAAGACACUAUAGAAGUUGCAUUUGUAGCUGCCAAUUGUCUAGUUUUGUUGGUCACUUUAAACGUCGGAGUUCUCGCAAACUUGUUCGUGGCGUGGGCCGUACACCACCAGAAGUCGCUCCAGACGUCCAACAACGCUCUCCUGGUGAAUCUGGCCGUUAUUGACAUCUUGCGAUGCGCUAUUGAUUGCCCAUUGCUCCUCAGCAUUGUUUUGAGCGCGCGAGACCUCGGACUGCUGUUCUGCAGCGCGCAGAUCGCGUCGUUUUCUCUCAUCUGUUGCGUACAGUUGCUCACGCUCGCGUGCAUCAGCGCCGAGCGAUAUCAAGCCAUCGCACAUCCGUUUAAAAGUGCCGAGCGUAGAAAACGGAUAACAGUGUGGAUUCUCCUGACCUGGCUGGUUCCGAUCUCCAUAUCGGUCAUUUGCGUGAUAUUUGCGAAAGACUCGCCGGUGUACGUAAGAUGCAGAGGUCUGCGGAUGGAGACUUUCGACUCUUACGACACGUUUGGACUUUAUAUUUUGACUCCCGUCUGGUGCGUUUGUUUGACGGUCAUCAUUGGAUUCUACGGCCGCAUUUUCCUUCUAGUAAGAGCGCACGGGCGGAAAAUAUUCGACAAGGGUUCGUUUCCACCAGAUAAGAAGAAAGAGGAUAAAAAACAAGAGGAAACAAAGACUAACAUUAAAAGUGAUACAGAAAAUCCACAGACAAUGGAUAAUGGUACUUUAAAACCGAAUGAUAAAGAGCAGAAUCCAUUGGAUUUGCAUCCAACAUCUGAGGAACUUCCCACAACUCUGACUGACUGCUUAGAUAUAAAUGAACCAGAGAUUGUGACUGAAAAAUCCAGAGAAGUCGCUUUCAAAGAUGAAACACCACAGGUUCUAGAAGGUAUUGUGGACCACCGAGAUACUUCUCCAUUAGAUUCUUCUCUAUCAGCUAAUGAAGAAGUUGGUGUUGUUACUGUUGGAGAAGUUUCUGGAGGAUCAACUAAUGGAGAAGGUGGCGAAGAAGACCCAAUUGACCAUCGAGAUACAACUUCAGAAACUUCCCCAUCAACUAAUGAAGUUGGUGCUGUAGAGUCCAGCACACACCAAGUUACUGAUGGAGAAUUUUCUGGAGGAUCAACUAGUGGAGAAGAUGGUGAAGAAGACUCAACUUCAGAAACUUCUCCAUCAUCUAACGAAGAUGGAACUGUUGAGUCAAGUGCUCCACAAGAUACUACAGAAACUACUGGAGAAGAAGGUGCUGAAGAGCAAAGUUCUCCUCAAGAAACGGCUGCAGAAUCUUCUCCAGCACCAACUGGAGAAACCACAGCUGCUCCACAGGAGGAGGAGGAGGAGGUGGCGGGUGCCGUCUGUAUGAUGCCGUCCCUCGCUCAGAGGGAAAGAGGAAAUGCCAAGAAGGAGAGCAAACUGGCCAAGCGCUCUGGAUACAUCAUCUUCACCUUCCUCAUAUUUUGGAUCCCGCUGAUUGCGACAGUGGUCUUGAAUCACUUCUAUUAUCGAGAUGGCAAUCUAACAGUGGAGGUUUUUCAGGAGCUGGAGAUUUUAACAGUGUCUUUGGUCUGCACGACAUCCCUCACUAACCCCAUCAUCUACGCAGCGGUCAAUCCUCAGUUCCGCACAGAGUUUCACAAUCUGAAGAUGAAAUGGAAAGCGUUUUUUAGACGUUCAUAGAGUUUAUACUGUUUUGACUUUUACUUGUGGGGUCAUCAGAGCUUUGAACCCACUAUGCCAAACACUACUGUCUGAUGUUGACUGACAAUUUGUGUUUGUUCGCUGUUUAUUUGUGUUUCACAAACUGAAUUAGGUGAUGCUUUCUUAAAUCUUAAGAUAUGCUAAGACUGUUAUUUGAAUGAAAUAGACACCAUAAUGCAUUUAAGUAAUGUUUUAGGCAGCUGUAUUUUGGUACCUUUAAAAUCCAGUAUAUUCUAGUAGAUUAUAUUUUAUAAAACAAUGUUCAACUUUAACCUUUUAAAAAAUAAUAAAAGGUAAAAACAGUA